AUGUAUAAAACCAAACAACAACGACAAUCUGCUUGGUAUUAUCCAUUAUUAGAAGUAAUUCAAAGUUAUUAUAUGCAAUUUUUAUUAGCAAGCACACUUUAUGUUAUGGAACCAUGGGAACGAAUUCUUGUACUAAGCAUAUUUUUUCUUAUUAUUUCACUGGUUACUUAUUCAGCAUUUAUUUACAUUCCAUUUCAUAUUCAUAAUAUUUUACAAGCAACUACUCCAAUCAUAACGGAUAUAUUUAAGCAUUAA